GGAAUUUUUAGUAGAAAUAUUUUAUUUGAAUUUUUUGGUUAGGAAUUUGAUAUUUUUGUCUGCACUGGAUGCAAUAUUUACCGUACGGAGUACGUUUUGCAUCAAUCCACUCAUUUAUUCUCCAUUUUCAUCCAAUAAAUCCAAUAAAAUAGAUAAUAAAGCAAUACGAUUUUUUGAUUUACAAGUUACACAAUCAACCAAGAGAUUCCGACCUCUCUCAGAUGUAUAAUGUGCGUUGGGAUUAAUUUCCAAUUUCCAUUUUUCAAAUCUCGACGCAGCUCGUGAAGAAUACGAAAGAGGGUCUUUAAAUCUCCUGACAAUUCCUUCGUCUGUGAUAACAAUGGCUGCAAAUAUAGGGAUUAUGGAUAGCGCUUACUUCGUGGGGAGGAAUGAGAUUCUUUCAUGGAUUAACGACAGGCUUCAACUUAAUCUCACUCGGAUUGAAGAGGUCGAUUCCAAGACUGAACUGUUUGAGAGAUUUGGCUUGACUCCUGCUGCAUCUGGGGCCGUGCAGUGUCAGAUGAUGGAUAUGACAUACCCCGGUGUAGUUCCUAUGCACAAGGUGAAUUUUGAUGGUAAGACUGAAUACGAUUUCAUCCAGAACUACAAAGUGCUUCAGGAUGUUUUCAAUAAACUCAAGAUUAGCAAGCAUAUUGAGGUAAGCAGGCUUGUCAAGGGGAGGCCAUUGGACAACUUGGAGUUUCUACAAUGGCUAAAACGUUAUUGUGAUUCAGUAAACGGUGGUCUAAGUUAUAAUUUGCCUGGCUCGAGUUUCCUAGGAAUUACAAUCCGGUGGAACGUAGAACUAAAGCUGGUAAAGAAAGAGGCAUCAAAAUUUUCUUUCGACCUUACUGCUCUAACAUUCUCAUCUAGUACGGUUCUUGGCUCCAAACAAGGGUAUUCAGGGAGUGUGGCUUCUGAGGCCAAUUCUGCAUUGGAGAUUCAAGCAUUGACAAAUGAGGUCGCAGAUCUCAAGCUUUCUGUCGAGGACUUGGAAAAGGAAAGAGACUUUUACUUUGCCAAGUUACAUGAUAUAGAAGUACUUUGCCAGACACCGGAGUUAGAAAAUCUUCUGGUGGCCGUGGCAAUUAAGAAGAUAUUGUAUGCAGAAGAUGAGAAAGAGUCUGCACUUGCCGAAGCUCAAGAAAUUGUGUCUCAGUCAGUAUAAGUGUGAUAACCCGAAACUUGAAAAUUAACUGAAAAAAGAGCCAUAACUUUUGUUACCUUUCUUUUUUCCAAUCAAUUUAGACAAGUCAUUAAGUCAAGUUUGCUUUCAAAUCAAAUCAAAUAUAUAANUAAAAAAAAAAAAAAA